AUGCAUGAAGGAAUAUGUCAAUUUCCAAAUAUUCAUUUCUAUAAUGGCGAACUUAUCACAGAUGAAAUUGCAANGCUUACCAUUACGAAUUCAUCUGCUAAUGUUACACAAAUUAUUAAUCCAAAACCUCAUUUCGGUUUCCCAGUUGGUUUAGCUUUAGAUACUAAAAAUCAAAUAUAUGUUACAGAUGCUGAUAUUCCAUACGGUUACAUUCAUAUGUUUGCAUCAAAUGGUACUGAAAUAGGCAGAAUUUAUACAAACAAUCCACCAUUGAAGAAUCCUCAUGGUAUAGCUACAGAUUUACAAGGCAAUCUGUAUGUUGCUGAUAGUGGUAAUGUUCGUGUGAUUAAAUUAUUAACUAAUGGAACGAUAAUACAAAAUUAUCAAACGACACCACCAUUACAAUAUGUUUAUGAUGUUAAAGUGAGAGAUGACGGAGUUGUUUAUAUAUCCGAUACUGAGUGUGCAUGUAUCUAUGAGCUAACUAAUAAUGGUAAGCAUCUUGCAGUCAUAAAAUUAGAAACACAACAGCGUCUGGUCAAUCUGCUUAUUACUCUUUUUCCGUCUACGGCUUCUUCUGAUCCUGAUCUAUUAGUCACAAUGGCUGAUCCUUUUUCACCUCAAGUUAAUCGUUAUGCAUCAAACGGUACUCUAAUAGCAGCUUAUACUAUUCCGAUAUCAGCUUCAACUAGCUGGAAACCUUAUGCUUCUGUCAUUGAUGAAAAGCGUCUGUGGGUGAUUGUAGCGGAAUCAGGAGGAAGAAUUAUGUUUUUUGACUUAUGA